AUGCAAAAAAAUACACAAGUUCAAAAAAGUCGAAAACCGUACGAAGAAAUCGGAGCAAUUUUCAACGGAAAUGAGGUAAAGAUUAGAGUACCAAAAAGCACCUCGAAGCCUCCGAAAUUGACUCCAUCCCAGCUCAAGCUGCAGCAACAUUGCACAUGUGACGAUGACCGCUCCAUCUGCUCGGAGACUUGCGGGUACCCUGAGCAAAUAGGAGGGGAAGGCCGACAGGGACACUUGGUUAAUGUUCAGGUGCCAGAUGACAUUUGUGAGUCUCUCACACAUCGGACGGCUCUCAACUCCGAAUUGGUUUACAACAUUACUGAGGGUCACGACCCUAUGUGUAACGUGUGUAACGUCACGCCCAAGGACGCGCCAAAGGGUGUGCAAGCGCAAAAGGUCCUUCACCCAGACAAGGACGUGUUCAUUCUGAAGAUUGGCAAGCAGACUGAUGAGCCGAAUCGCACUGGAAAUAUAGAGGUAGCCAAUUCUCAUGAGCUCGAUUACUCUAUUUUUGGUCUCGUGAUACUUUGGUACAUCCAUAACAAUUUCUGGUGGUGCAAGAAU